CGAGUGUAAAAUACGCGGAAGUGACAGGCGGAAGAAGCCUCGGCGGAAGCGGUCUGGUCUGUCAAAGGAGGAAACAUUUAGCAGAAUUUGACACAAAUAGAAUAACCUUAUCAGAACUGCAGCGAUUAGCCCCCGUCUUGUUUGACUCCACAAAUCCACUGCGAUGAUCCUGUUAGAAAUCAAUAACCGCAUCAUAGAGGAGACGCUGUCGUUGAAGUUCGAUAGCGCAUCAAACGGAACAAAGCCAGAGGCUGUUGAUGUGACGUUUGCAGACUUUGAUGGUGUCUUGUACCACAUCUCCAAUCCCAAUGGAGAUAAGACCAAAGUGAUGGUCAGCAUCUCCCUCAAGUUCUACAAGGAGCUCCAGGAGCAUGGGGCCGAUGAGCUGCUGAAGCGAGUGUACGGCAGUUUCCUGGUUUCACCAGAGUCUGGCUACAACGUGUCGCUCCUAUAUGACCUGGACACUCUACCAGGCAACAAAGACCAGGUGGUGCACCAAGCCGGGAUGCUGAAAAGGAACUGCUUUGCCUCCGUUUUUGAAAAGUACUUCAAGUUCCAGGAGGAGGGCAAAGAGGGCGAGAGGAGGGCCGUUGUCCACUACAGAGAUGAUGAGUCCAUGUACGUGGAGGCCAAGAAGGACCGGGUGACAGUGGUAUUCAGCACGGUCUUCAAAGAUGACGACGAUGUCAUCAUCGGAAAAGUCUUCAUGCAGGAGUUCAAGGAGGGUCGGCGAGCCAGCCACACAGCCCCCCAGGUGCUGUUCAGCCACAGGGAGCCGCCUCUGGAACUCAAGGACACGGACGCGGCCGUUGGGGACAACAUUGGGUACAUCACCUUUGUCCUCUUUCCACGUCACACCAACGCCAACGCCAGAGACAACACCAUCAACCUCAUCCACACCUUCAGGGACUACCUGCAUUACCACAUAAAGUGCUCCAAGGCCUACAUUCACACACGCAUGAGGGCCAAGACGUCAGACUUCCUCAAGGUUCUGAACCGUGCCCGACCCGAUGCUGAGAAGAAGGAGAUGAAGACCAUCUCUGGAAAGACCUUCUCCCGCUGAGGUGGAGCCCCAAGAGAGCUCUGAAGCCAUCCUGGCCACACCCGAACGCACCACGCUUCGACUCGGCGCCUCGCUGGACAGGCCUCCAGGAAGCCUCUAAAAUGCCCCACACAGCCCAUCCAAAACAGUCCUGUCUUGUUUUUGUUGUUUGAUUUCUUUAUAAUGAAUAAUAGAAUUGGUCAGAAAAGCCAAGGCUCAACAUAAAGAAAACAGGGCAUUCCCUUGCUUUGCAUAGUUAAAGAGAAUUAUUAGUCCUAUAUAAAUAUAUAUAUGAAAAAAAAACAUUUUUGAUACAAUAUCUUUGACUCCAUUUGGUACUCUUACUUGACCCUCACCAUCUAAUAUUCAUGAGUUGCUUUCUACCCUCCCCUCUGUCGUGUCAUUGUCAUUUGAGGAAAAAAAUAAAACACUCAUACAAAAAAG